GAGAAGGGGACAAAGGAAAACUGGUAUUAAAAGGAUUUUCCAUUCUGUAUCUGGUGGUUAAUCCAGAAAGAUGCCUUGGUUCCUGGUGUUCACCUACUUCUUCAUCACGGUCAACCCAGUGUCACCCAGGGCUCUAGAUCCCUGUUCUGCUUACAUCAGCCUGAAUGAACCCUGGAGGAACACUGAGCACCAAUUUGAUGAGUCUCAAGGCACACCUCUGUGUGACAACCACGUGGACGGGGAGUGGUACCGCUUCACGGGCAUGGCGGGAGAUGCCAUGCCCACCUUCUGCAUACCAGAAAACCACUGUGGAACCCAUGCGCCUGUCUGGCUCAAUGGCAGCCACCCCCUCGAAAGUGACGGCAUUGUGCAACACCAGGCCUGUGCCAGCUUCAAAGGGAACUGCUGCCUGUGGAACACCACAGUGGAGGUCAAGGCUUGUUCUGGAGGCUACUAUGUGUAUCGUCUGGCCAAGCCCAGCGUCUGCUUUCAUGUCUACUGUGGCCAUUUUUAUGACAUCUGUGACGAGGACUGCCAGGGCAGCUGCUUGGACACCGAGUGCUCGUGCUCUCCAGGAACUUUGCUAGGUCCCGAUGGACAGACAUGCUUUGAUGAAAACGAAUGUGAGCAGAACAAUGGCGGCUGCAGUGAGAUCUGUGUAAACCUCAAAAACUCCUACCGCUGCGAGUGUGGGGUUGGCCGCGUGCUAAGGAGUGAUGGCAAGACUUGCGAAGACAUCGAAGGAUGCCACAAUAACAAUGGCGGCUGCAGCCAUUCUUGCCUUGGAUCUGAGAAAGGCUACCAGUGCGAGUGUCCCCGGGGCUUGGUGCUAUCGGAAGAUAACCACACUUGUCAAGUCCCAGUGUUGUGCAAGUCAAGUACCAUUGAAGUGAGUGUCCCCAGGGAGCUGGUCGGUGGCCUGGAGCUCUUCCUGACCAAUACCUCCUGCCGAGGAGUGUCCAACGGCACCCAUGUCAACCUCCUCUUCUCCCUCAAGACGUGUGGCACAGUGGUUGAUGUGGUGAAUGACAAAAUCGUGGCCACCAACCUUGUGACAGGUCUACCGAAGCAGACUCCGGGGAGCAGCGGGGACAUCAUCAUCAGGACCAGCAAGCUUCUGAUCCCAGUGACCUGUGAGUUCCCACGCCUGUACACCAUUUCCGAGGGCUAUGUUCCCAACCUCCGAAACCUGCCCCUGGAAAUGGUGGGCCGAAAUCAUGGCAUCUUCCCGUUCACGCUGGAGAUCUUCAAGGACAACGAGUUUGAGGAGCCAUACCGGGAGGCCCUGCCCACGCUCAAGCUCCGUGACUCCCUGUACUUCGGCAUUGAGCCGCUGGUGCACGUAAGCGGCCUGGAAAGCUUGGUGGAGACCUGCUUUGCCACCCCCACUGCCAAGAUCGAUGAGAUCCUCAAGUACUACCUUAUCCAGGACGGCUGCAUUUCUGAUGACUCAGUGAAGCAGUACUCAUCCCGAGAUCACCUAGCAAAGCACUUCCAGGUCCCUGUCUUCAAGUUUGUGGGCAAAGACCACAAGGAGGUGUUUCUGCACUGCCAGGUCCUGGUCUGUGGAAUGCUGGACGAGCGUUCCCGCUGCGCCCAGGGAUGCCACCGGCGAGUGCGUCGCCAGGCAGGGGCCGAUGAGGACUGGGCUGGUCUGGAGAGCCAGACGCUGACGGGCGGCCCCAUCCACAUCGACUGGGAGGACUAG